GGCCGAUCUUAGCCGUUUCAAAAUGGCGUUUGGGCGGUAUACGCACGCGAUCGUGUGUCGCGUUCCCAAUAGCAUCAAACAGUGUUCCUCUGGCGUCAUAGGCGACAUAAACGUCCAGCUGGCAAGAAAAGAGCACGAGGAAUUCUGCAAGGCCCUACGCAGCCUCGAUCUCGACGUGAUCGAACUCCCUGCGGACGAAUCGACGCCCGACUGCGCGUUCGUCGACGACACCGCGAUCAUUUGCAACGGCGCAGCGCUCAUCUGUAGACCGGCGAACGGUCAACGUCAGAAAGAGGUGGACACCAUUCGGGCGACCAUCAAGAAGGAACUGGAAAUCCGUGUGAUCGACAUCCGAGACCCAAAGGGCAUCAUCGAAGGAGGCAAUGUUCUCUUCACAGGCCGGGAGUUUUUUGUGGGGAUCUCUGCAAGGACCAACGAGGCAGGGGCUCGUGCUUUGGCAGCCGCGUUCCCAGAGUUCCCCGUGACCCCCAUCAAGCUGCCCAAGCGGAGCCACCUCAAGAGCCUCCUGUCGAUGGCAGGCCCAGACAUCAUCUGCCUCUCUGAGAGUUUGGAGGCACUGGCUGUGAAGAAGCAAAUUGAGCGGGAGGCGACGUUCCAGUACCAGACGGUGACCGUUCCAGAUGAGAAUGCCACUGGCUGCCUCUACAUCAAUGGCCGUCUGCUGCACCGGCAGGAGUUCCCUGAGAGUAACCAGGAGUUUGCGGAGAAGAUCGACUUUGACCGAAUUUCUCUGACUGCCUCGGAACUGUGCAAAGCCAGCAACGGCCUUCCAAGCCUGGCGCUGCUGAUUCGCAAGAGCCGGUAUUUCUGAGCCCCCCCGCUGCUGUCUUGGGGGAAAUGAAAGCAAUGGCAGACUUUUUUAAAGAUUUUUGUUUGAUUAUUAUUUUAUCACACUUGCCUCUGGAACAGGUCUAGGCUUUUGAAGAAGAGCUCUUUUCAUGAGGAGCCAUCCCCAAGCUUGUUUUGGAACCAUGGGGUCUAUGUCUGGAAAUAACAAGAUUAUUCUAAGUAUAUGUAUUUAACUCAGUGUUUAUCCUUGAGCUGCUCAAGAAGAAUUCUACAGGAAUAUGGCAGCUCAAAAUGCACUUUCUCUGCCCCUUUCUUCAACAUGAUGAAAUGAAACUCACCAAUGGAGUUUGUUAUCUUGGUGCAGCUUAAAUUUGUUUUACAGUUCUGUAUGGAACUUACUUGUUUGUAUCUUCUGAGCAUUUUACUGUCUGCUCAACUCCCUACUUUUGCAGCCUAUGUUGACCUUGAGAGAUAUCAGGUUUUAUACCGGAACCCGGUCCGGGUAUUGAUCCCAGGAUCAGUAUUCGGUCCCAGGUUCGAUACUCUGGCAUGCAGAUUUUUUUCAGUGGCCACUGCUUGCCUAGAGGGUGCGAGUUGCACUUAGUUUCAGGUGGAAGUAAAUUUAUUCUUACCCUUCCAGAAAGUUUGGUAUGAAAAUCGGUAGAGCAACCUGAGAUCUUCAGAAUUUUGAUAUUUUGUAGCACCACUUUAGCUACCCCAUGCAGGUGUUCAAAUGGUGAAUGGAAAUUUAUUGCUCCGACGAACUUGAUGUUCCAAUACAUUUUGCAAUAGUGUAAUUAUAAAAGAGGGCGAGCCAUUUUAAUCUACCAUAGACCCACUGCUGCCAGUACCGUCCCUUCAUUUUUUAAACAUGAAUAUGACAGAAGACACUGCUCAUCCCAUAUUAUGUUGGGAUCUUAGAUCAACACUUGUUCAACAUUUUUGAGUAGUAGUGUCAUCUCAGUAAAUGACACAAGUCAGUUUUUUUUUUUUUUAUGUUGUAAUGCUUCACAAUGAAUUAGGUAGGCUGUAAACAUACGUUUUUGAAUUUUCUAAAUUUAUGGCUGCCCAAGUCAGUGCCCAGCUACAGAAAUUCCCAUUCUCUUGGACCAAAAAGACAGCACUCUGGGUUGCCGAGGCUUUUUCUCUUUUGACAAAAACAUAAAAUUAAAAAAAAAGAAAAACUAUUUAUUCAACUUUUUUUUCUUGUUUUUUUAACAUGAAACACUGCAGCAGUCUAGGGCACUUUUGCUAUACUUCGGGUUUUAACCCAGGUGUAAUUUCAGAUGCCGAAAUUUUAAAAUCAUGUCCCCUAUCUAUAUUCAUCUUAAAGAAAAAAAUUGCAAUGUAAGCUAAAAUGGCUCACUCCUAGACUAAAAUGGCUCACCCCUUUGAAUAGGCCAGCUUUAAAGCCGAACCAGAAAGGGAACAUUUUCGACAUAUUUAUGAGCAUUUCAGCGGACAGAACCUCGACAUGUAGCGAGCGUCGGGACGAGCACUUCCUUUACGCCUCGAGGUAGCAUUUUCAGCAAUCCGACCGAGACCGACCUCGGUGCUUCGUUUUAUUUCGGCGUAGCGUAUCUGGAAGCUUACGGCGUGGUGCCAGCCAAUCAGCUCACGAGUUGACUGCCGGAACUUGCCCGAGGAUCGGUUUGCAUAGCGUUUUGGCUGGCUGGCUGGCUGGCUUGACUCGGCCACCGAAGUGGCCACUCGCUUGUCGCAUUUGGCGGUAAACUGCACAAAAUCACUAUAUCUCUUUCGAACGAGCGACAAACGACCGAGACAGAAGAAACAACCAUCUAGGCGGUGGGCUACGUAAAAAAUUUUUUAAACGAAGGGUUUUGAGCAGAGAUUGCGGCCAUCCUCCUGCGGGGGUGUGUUCGCAACUUGACGAUUGCAAGGUACAUUCUUGAGACAAGCGCGUGCCAAAUUUAAAUUAACUGUCAUCAAAGGUAGCCCUUGCUGCAAGCAUGCCAGAACUGGCGGUGGAGAAAAUUGGCUCCACUUUAAUGAAUUUACAUCGUAAAUACCUGGACGACUCACUGCGAGUUUCCGUCACUGAGGGUCACACCAACUGCAAUGGUUCGAGACGUGAGCAUGUAGAUCUUGUAACCUUUGUUGGAGCCUAGACCUGUUCCCUGUCUUCCUAUUUCAUUGUUUUGUAGUGAGCUUUUAGUUUUUGCAGAGAAUUUUAUCUGUGCUUUAGAGGUUGUGACUAGGUUUGUGUUUUAAUGCUUAAACUACUCUCUUCAUUUUAAAGUUAGGAUUGUAUAUGCCAGGCUUUCCUUGCAGUACACACACAAUGCUUGGGGCCACUUCUGGCUUGUAAAGUUUCAUCAAGUUUUUUUUUCUUUUCUUGUAUUCAUGUAGUCACUGAGGAGUGAAGGAUUGAAGAACAGUGGUGGGGUUUUAAGUUAUUUACGUUGAAUAAAGAAAAGUGUAUUCAGUGAGGUUAUAGUAAGCUAUGCCUUCUUGUGCUGCUACAAGCCUAAUGUGCACAGUCUGCUUUCUUGGUUGAGGGAUGCAGAGCAAGAUGACUGCACACAUCAGUGUAAUAAUAGCAGUUUUGUUUUGUUGAGUCAGCUGCCGGCUGGCUCCCUGCUUCAGGUUGUAAAGAGCAUCUUAUUUUUAUUAGACCCGACUUUGCGUUUGGGUUACGCAAGUUUCGUCAUUGCUGUUCUUGGCUUGACAAAUUCUUUCAGCAAAUGUAUUGCUGCAAUGAACCACAUUCAUUUUACAGUGCUUAUGUCAUAGUUGUGUCAAAAUGUAGACGGGCUGCAACUGAUGUAGCGACGUAACAAGAAUGUUCUUUAGCAUCUCGUGUGUCAAUGGGGUUGUAUUUUGCGUUGCCCUUUUCUGUUGUUUGGACCGUGUCCUUGCUGGCGUACCUGUUAACUGUUUACUUACCCCGCAGACAUUCCAACGCGCUGGCCACUGUUCCAACCAUUGUUUUUAUUUGUUCCAGAUUGUUUGCAAAAAGACUAAUUUUUUUUCAUGUUCUCCCGUGAUCUUGACGUCAAACAGGCUAUGUCUCGUUGUUUUUUUAGGCCUUUUAGCCCCAGCUAGUCAGAGAGGCUUUCUUGGUGCACUCGGCAGGAAGGGCAGUGCUCCCUACUAGAGAACAUUGCUCUUGCUCCGUCUUUUUCUGAUGCAGUGUCGCAACGGUUCAUAUGUAGCCAAUAGCACAUGCCUCUUUUUAUCUUGGUUCAUCUUGCACGGUUUGCCAAGCAGAGUAGUAGAGAAAGUGGCAGCCAUUUUACACACAUAGGUUGGGCAGCUCGUAAUACUAGUGCCGGGCCUUUGCAGAACGAUAUGCUGCCGGAGAGGGUGGCAUUUGGUCAAGUUGUUUAGGAAUGGCCGACGACCAACACGUAGCAAUUCGCAUAAUUCCGACAUCUCAGCGCUUACGUCAGUUAAUAGCGCUUGAACAUAUGUAUAUUGAAGUUCUUGCUCUCAGGAUCCAGGGUUGGCAGACUUCCCGAGAUGGUUACGCAUCUAGAUAACCAGUUGCCUUGGAGCAGUUUCACUGUCAGGAAUAUAUAGCUUCCAGUGGUGUUCCUACAACAUAUUUUAUUACGACAGUAGUGGACAUGUUGCAUCUCCCAAAGUGCCUGAGUGUUCGGAGCGCCAGUCAGGGGACAUUUCUGAGGGUUACAGGCACCCCGAUCGAAGUUGCCACCAUACUAUAUUGGACGUCUCAGGCUGGCCUCCAAGUGCCUUGUGGCCGGGUCUGGCCCCACGGGAAACCGCAAUGCUUGCACUGUUGACGCACUCUGUUCCCGUCUCGUAAGACGGGCGAUUGGUUUUUGCUGAGCAACGAUUGUCCAUGUUGUUUGGGCCCCAUUUCACUCUGGCGCAGCUCCGAGGAAAACAUCUUGCCGGCACGUACGGUGGAGGGGAGACAUGCGGUCGGCUGGCUGAACUAGCGACUGCUUUUUCCCGGGGAAUGUCGUUCAGAGCGCUCGGUGAUGUUUCAACAUUGCUGGAAGUAACACAAAAUGCCGGGUUUUCCACAGAAUUGAGUGGAAGGGAAGCGUGCAUUCUGCUCCAGUAAGUAGAACAGGUGGUGUGAACGAAAAAGACGGGUGUGCUCGUUGCUUGCUUUGGGGUAGUCCAUUGAGUCACGAUGUGCCCAAGUCUGGAGGCCCAAGAGUGGCAGCCGGCAUUUCAUGAAAGGGGGCUGCCACUUUGAGGCUUUGUGGAGGUUCCCCUUCAAAAUGUCCCAGAAAGUGUUCUUGUUACCUGCAACAUGCGACAGAUUCCUGUCGGUGUACACACGGGUGAAGCGGAACUGUGCUGUAGUCCCGUGAAAACAUUGGGGGGCAGUGCUGUUUGCAUCGGCGUGCAUUCAUUCGAUGAUAGCUCUCCUCGUGAUUGCAGCACUGUUGGGAAUACAAAAAGUCCUAGGUAAAUCCCGCGACGCGAGCAUUUUCGUGUUCCCUUCAUUGUGUGAAACUGUCGGCGUACAUGUUGGGGGGCCUAUAAAAGAAGUGGCACACAGCGUACAAUGGGAUCAUUGAUGAUGCCCAGAUGGCCGCAUAAAUCCUCGUGCGGCAACUUGUCUUGCCUCAGUGCACUGAAGAGAGUGAUGAUUCUUGCCCAAUUUGGCACAGGGGCAAUGCCAUACCAUGCACUGUCGUGAGCCAAGUAUGGCUUCGAAGGAGAAUGCUUCGUUUACAUGUGGAGCAAUUGCUCUUCUGAAUGUUGUUUCUCAGAAAUGCUAAUGAAUAUGGUACCUGUGCUUUUUUGUGUCGCCAAGUGUACCUCGUGCGUGUGCCAUGUCUUGCUUGAAUUUGGUAGGGAGGCAUUGACCUCCCAUGUGUACAUCAUUCCGAUUGCUUUUACAAACGGCGGGAAAGAGCUUCACUGCGUCCGCUUGACGGCGUUGUCGUAACACUACCCAUACAUCACGAUGUCACUGCUUCCAUUGCAGUCUCUGUGUGAACAAAAACUGUGGUGGAACAAGUCUCUUUUGUACGCUUCAGUAGAAUAUAUAUCUUUAUUUUUUAUGUCCCUGAUUUGUGGUGUUGCUUAGUCUUCUUUCAUAAUAGAUCACAACUCAUCAGUUGUCGUCCAUCACGACUAACUGCAGCAGAGAAUAAAGUGAUCCUAACCAUAGUGGUGUAAGCCAAUCACACUUUGAAUAAAGUAACUCAAAGCAUG